GUGUGACGUAGUGACGCUCCAGGGCGGUGUUCUCACGUUUCCGAAAAAAGAAAGAAAAAAAAAAAGGAGGAAAAAAAGCAAAUACUGCUGUGGUACUACAUCUGGAAUACAGAGACUCGUGCUUUGAGAAUCUAUAGUGGGAUCCCAUAGUAAAGGCAACCCAGUGUUUUCUUCCUGCUCUUUUUCGCUUUUCAAGGAUUUUUUUCCCUCUCUCACUCACCUACGAACCUCAAAAUGCUGGCCAUUCUGUUCGCAACGAUAGUCUUGCAUCUGACAGACCUUAUCAUUCUCUUCGUUUCCACAUGUACUAAUGCCUGGAGAACACAUGGAGUUACGAGUUAUGACCUCUGGUAUGACUGCACACAAAGUAAUGGAGGAUAUCACUGCCGUGGGACUAGUGAUGCUGACUGGCUUCAAGCAGUUCAAGCCCUCAUGGUCCUAGCCACCAUUUUCAGCCUGAUCUCAUUCAUCAUCUUCCUCUGCCAGCUCUUCACUCUUGUAAAGGGAGGUCGCUUCUUUUUCACGGCCGUCUUCCAGGUCCUUGCCAGUCUGUUUGUGAUGAGCGGGGCCAUCAUCUACACAGUGAUGAGUCCAGAGUGGAAAAAUGAGAGUGAUGGUUAUGGAUACGCCUUCGUCCUGGCCUGGCUGGCUUUCCCUCUCACGCUCAUCAGUGGCUUCAUUUACAUUGUCCUGAGGAAGAAAGAAUGAGAGUUCAGCCCUCAGGGAUUGUUGUAGAACUGAGAACACUACUCAGAUGACAGACUCUAACCUAACGGCCGUCUCCUCCAAGCCUGAAUAUUUAGACCUAAUGUGAUCAAAGAAACUGACAGAAGAUUGAGUACAGCAAAGACACAGUGUGCAUGACACAAAACAAUGUGUCUUUGACUGGUGAGCCUAUUUAUAUCACAUUUAUAUGGCUUUUUUUUUUUUUGUAAAUAGUAAUGCUAUGAAGUGUCAAUGAAGGCCGUGACUUUUUAAGAAUUAAGAGGAGAGAUAUAGGAAAAGUACCAAUCUCUUUUUGUUUUGUAUUGUGUGUUAUAAUCAAAUAUCUUGUUUUAAAAUGUCAUAAUAAAUUGUAUUUGUUGACGUCGACUUGAAAUUUCUCUUAUGUCCAAAUUCCGGAAUAAUAAAACAAAGAAUUGUGUUGUUAUGUGUUUGAAAAGUCUUUGAAAUGGUGCUAUGUAUUUACCAUUGCUGAACGUUAUAGCUAGAUAUACCUUAUAGGCUCAAAUGUUGUGUUAAAUCUCACAAAAACAUUUUAUAACGCAUAUUUUACCUGUGAUUAUAUCACUUUAUGAGAUGUCGUCUUUCUGUAUUAUUUUUUGUUUGUUUAAGAAAAAAAUAAAUAUCUAAUUUUU